AUGAGAAUGAGGUUGAAGGCUCGCUUGUACUGGUGUAUAUGGCACCUUGUUAUCUUCUACUUCAUCCCACCCUCUUAUGGAAAUGAUAUCCCGUGUAACCUGAGCCUAUCAGAGCUCUCCGUCAUACUUGAGCCAGGAGAUAUCCUAAUAGGGGUCCUGCUACCAUUUCAUAUUGAUAAAACAUUUCUGAAAAUAUCAUUUACUGAGACACCUCCCACAGUCUCUUGUACACGGUUUCUCCUAGAAACAUACCAGCAGUUCCAAGCCAUGAGGUUUGCAUUGGAUGAGAUAAACAAAAGCCCAACUCUUCUUCCCAACGUUACUCUUGGCUUCUAUGUCUACGACUCAUGUGCAAACCUGAGGAAGGAACAGGAGGGAACACUAUGGAUGCUGACGGGUAUGAAUAAGACUGUACCCAAUUAUUGCUGCCAAGAAUGGCCACGUUUGGCUGCUGUCCUUGGGCAUUCGGUAUCUACUUAUUCUAUUCUAAUGGCCCAUAUUCUGGGGCUCUACAGGUACCCCCAGAUCAGUCACUACUCAACCAGCUCCUCCCUGAGUGACCGGUCACAGUUCCCUUCCUUCUUCAGGACAGUCCCCAGUGAUGCUUUCCAGUCACGUGGACUUGCCCACCUCCUGCUGUAUUUUGGAUGGACAUGGGUGGGUCUGGUUGGCAUGGGAAGUGAUUACGGAGAACAGGGAGUUUAUCUGAUCACACAGGAGCUUAUUAAAGCUGGAGCUUGUGUAGCCUUUACUGGUUUCAUCCUCUCUAAUCGAGAAGAUAAGAAUGUGCCGUAUCUAACCAGAAUCAUCAAAGAGUCAACAGCGAGGGUAAUAGUGGUGUUUGCCCCUGACAUCUAUUUUGCUGCACUUUUGGAUGAGUUACUGAAGCAGAACCUGACUGGGAAAAUCUUUGUGGCCAGUGAAGCCUGGUCCAUAUCAUCAAUGUUAUCAGCUGAAAAAUAUUCUUCAGCUCUCACUGGCGCAAUUGGGUUUGCAUUUUCUAGCUCACCAUUACCAGGGCUUAGGGGCUUCCUUAACAAGGUCCGUCCCUCUAAUACACCGGGACAAACCAUAACUAAAAUAUUUUGGGAAAACAUCUUUAAAUGCAAAUUUAUGGACCAGGGAAAUCUCACGGGAACAUGGAUAGAUUCUACGAAGCUUUGCACAGGAAAGGAAGAUCUAGAAAUGGUUGAGAGCAGCUACAAUGAUGUGUCUAACCUAAGAAGCUCCUACAGUAUAUACACUUCUAUCCAGAUCCUAGCUCGGUCUUUGCACAAUCUCUUCUCAUGUUGGAAUGGAAAAGAAACACUUUCUGGUGGAACCUGUGUGGAUGCUAAAAACUUCAAACCAUGGCAGCUGACACAUUAUAUUCAGAACGCCCAUGUGAAACUAAGCAAUGGAAGAGAGGUGUCAUUUGAUAUCAAUGGAGAUCUACCUGCAGUGUAUGACAUAGUAAAUUGGCAGCUCCGUGCUGAUGGGACCAUGAAGCAGGUCAAGGUUGGGAGCUACGAUACUGCAGAUACCAAUGGAAACAUUUUCUCUAUCAACAUAAGUGCAGUGAUGUGGGCUCCAGGGGACCACCAGGUUCCUUCUUCUGUCUGCAGUAAGAGUUGCCCCCCAGGAUUCAGGAGAGCAGUUAUACGAGGGCAGCCCAUCUGCUGCUUCCAAUGUGUCCCUUGUCCAUAUGGAGAAAUAUCCAACAAGUCAGGCUCCAAUGAGUGCUCCAAGUGCCCGUGGAAUAUGUGGCCUAAUGUCGACAAGGACAGAUGUGUUCCCAAGGCCACAGACUUUCUCUCCUUUGAAGAACCACUAGGUACGACUUUGACCGCUGCCACCAUAACGUCCUCUCUGGUUCCACUUUCAGUCUUGGGACUCUAUUACUGUUAUAGGAGCACUCCUAUUGUAAGAGCCAAUAAUUAUUCCCUAAGCUGCACUCUACUGGUUUCCUUAACCCUUUGCUUUCUCUGUUCUCUGUCAUUUAUUGGUUGCCCCCAGCAGCUGAAAUGUUUUCUACGCCAGGUUGCAUUCGGCAUGGUUUUCACGCUUUGUGUUUCUUGUAUCUUGGCCAAAACGAUCAUGGUUGUUUUGGCAUUUAUGGCCACCAAACCAGGCAGUAGCCUAAAGAAAUGGACCGGUCCAAGAGUAUCUUAUAUCAUUGUCUCCAUAUGCAACAUUUUACAGCUUUGCUUGUGCAUCUGUUGGUUGUCCCUCUUCCCACCAUUCCCAGAAUAUAACACAGACACCCAGCCUGAGAUUAUCAUCAUUGUAUGCAAUGAAGGCUCAACUAUUGCCUUCUGGUGCAUGCUUGGCUACCUUGGACUCUUGGCCACCAUAAGCUUCAUUGUGGCCUUCCUGGCGAGACAUCUUCCUGAAAGUUUCAAUGAGGCCAGGUUUAUCACAUUCAGUAUGUUGUCCUUCCUCACAGUCUGGAUAUCUUUUAUCCCAGCCUCUCUCAGCACACGUGGCCAAUAUAUUGUGGCCAUGGAAGUGUUUGCCAUCUUGUCUUCCAGUUGGGCACUGCUGGUCUGCAUGUUUCUACCAAAAUGCUUCAUCAUCGUUUUCAGACCCAACUUGAACUCUCGAGAGCACCUCAUACGUAGAGCCAGGAAUUAAGACUAAUGAAGAUAGCAACUAAUAGAUACAGAGUAAAAAUGGAAGAACGUUGGAAGUUCAGUGAAGAUCUUUUGGAGUCUGUAAAGGCUAGC